AUGAAAAAAAAUUUUAAAACUUUAAAUUCUUUCUUAAUUAAUUUACCUACACCAAGUAAUAUUUCUUACUGAUGAAACUUGGGGUCAAUCUUAGGUGUAUGUUUAAUAAUUCAAAUUGUUUCAGGUAUCUUUCUAUCAAUACACUAUACACCAAAUAUUAGAUUAGCAUUUAAUAGAAUAAUUCAUAUCACCCGAGAUGUAAAUUUUGGAUGACUUUUACGUAUUAUCCACGCUAAUGGAGCAUCUUUAUUCUUUUUUUUUAUAUUUAUUCAUACAGGGCGAGGAAUUUACUAUGGCUCUUUCCUUAAAAAAAAAGUUUGAAUUUCAGGGACCUUAAUUAUGUUGAUUCUUAUAGCAACUGCAUUCUUAGGUUAUGUACUCCCAUGAGGGCAAAUAUCAUUCUGAGGAGCUACCGUAAUCACAAAUUUACUCUCAGCUAUCCCCUACUUGGGUAAUAGAUUAGUUACAUGAAUUUGAGGGGGAUUUUCAGUAGAAAAUCCCACUUUAAACCGGUUUUUUUCAUUUCAUUUCAUUUUACCUUUCAUCCUUUGUGUAAUUAUUAUAUUUCACUUGAUCUUUUUACAUGAAAAAGGAUCAUCUAACCCUCUAGGAUUAAUUAAUAAAGUUGAUAAAAUUAGAUUUCACCCCUACUUCACUAUUAAAGAUAUCUUUGGGUUUAUAAUUAUAAUAUUAUUUUUUUUCUUUAUUAAUAUAAAAACCCCCUUUAUAUUUAAUGAUCCUGAAAAUUUUAUGCCGGCAAACCCCAUAGUGACACCCCCUCACAUUCAACCAGAGUGAUAUUUUCUAUUUGCUUAUGCUAUUUUACGAUCUAUUCCUAACAAAUUAGGGGGGGUUGUAGCUCUUUUCCUCUCUAUUGUUAUUAUUACAACUUUACCAUUUACUUCAAAUCUUAAGUUUAAAAGUUCAAGUAUAUACCCAAUUAAAAAAAUUUUAUUUAUUAUAUUUUGUAUAACAUUUAUAUUGUUAACUUGAAUUGGCGCUAAACCAGUUGAAACUCCAUUCAUUUUUAUUGGUCAAUUAUUAACACUUAUUUAUUUUAUAUUUUUCUUGAUUAACCCAAUUUUAUAUAAAUUUAAUGAAUAG